ACAGGAAGCUGGACCGGCUGCUGUGUCUGGACGGCGGCGGGAUCAAAGGUCUGGUUCUGAUCCAGAUGCUGAUCGCUCUGGAGAGGGAGGCCGGCCGGCCCACCAGAGAGCUCUUCGACUGGGUGGCAGGAACCAGCACCGGGGGCAUCAUGGCCCUCGCCAUCGUCCACGGUAAGUCGAUGGAGUACCUGCAGUGCCUGUACUUCAGGAUGAAGGAGCAGGUGUUUCGGGGCUCCCGGCCGUACGAGUCUGCUCCGCUGGAGGACUUCCUGAAGAAGGAGUUCGGAGAAAACACCAAGAUGGCAGACGUGCGAUAUCCCAGGUAUUAUUUUAAAG